CAGACAUACACACACCCUACAGAGUCAGUCAGGAGAGUAGGACACACAAUAAAUCCUCACCACUGUGUCUCUCACGGUCAGUUGGACUGAAGAGAAAUCCAAGAUCUCGAAGUAAACACGGAGAGGGCAAAAUGUGGGUCUAUCUGUUCAUCGCUCACUUCCUCCUCCUCGUAUCUUCCACCACUGAACAUCAUGCUGAAGAUAGUCAGUCGCACAGUGAUGUGACAGGGCACCACAGUAUACAGCAACAGCAAAUCUACCCAGCAAAGGCUUCCUUCAAACAUCACCAUAAACACCAUGCCGGCCAUCAACCCGAGCCCAGGGCAGGUUGCAAGGAUGCUCUCACAUGUCCGAUACUGACAAAGCACCGUCACCCUCAUUUCCCCACAUACAAAGUCACCUUCCCCCUGGGGCGCCCCAGUGCUGCCAACAUUGGUGCCAUCUGCCAUUACAAAGGGCACAAGAAGGCACAUGGUGACACCCAGCCCCCAAGCACCGGGUUCGGCUACUUACAUCGAAGGAUUGAAGCAAUCGAGAAGAUGGAGAAGGGCUACAAGAUCUGUUGUCGCAGUCCAAACAGAAAACACAGACUGUCAUGCUCAGAGAGCGUGUGGAAGAGAGAACUGAAUAACUUCUGCAUGAUGGAGCAGUCAGUCAAAAGCACGCAGUAUCAUUGCUGCACCAGGGUGCAGCAUGAACGAUUCAAUUGCUUUGAGAAUGAUGCCCAGAGCCACCGCUACACCGAUGACACUCGGCAGGGAAGGAACAGGCAUAGCCUCGUUGGUCGCGAUGAUGCCACCAUGUUAACCAUGUCAUUGCCAAACGUCAUAUUCCCUCCCGGAGAGCCCAAUAGAGAGAAUAUCCACAACAUCUGCAGCCUGAGAAAGAUCCGGCCACGAUAUUCGAGCGGGUCCCUGCCAUUGUCCAGCUACAGUCAGCUGACUCGUCAGGCCAAGGCAAUUGAUGGGCUCGAGACCAGCUACGAGAAAUGCUGCAUUGAGCACAACAAGUUGGCAUGUGUGCACAAACAGUGGAAGCAGAUGUUGCUGGAAUACUGUGACAGCAAGUUAUCCUCAAGCAACUCAGACGAUCAUUGCUGCUGGAAGAAAGAAGAUGAAUUGUUCACCUGCUUCAAAAAUAUUGCUGCGUACCCCAAGUAUGACCACGAGAUAACAACCAUCAGCCUGGCCGAUAUCCAAGCUAUUGACGACGAUACGGAGUGACUGCUGUUCCCAUAGCAACCCAAAGCAGAGGAAUGACUGUGUGGUCGAGAAGGUAAGGAUAUAUCUUUUGUGAUUUGUUUGUUCCCUCC